AGAGUGAGUCAGAGCGCAAAACUCGGAAUUUCAUGAGAGAGAAAAGAAUAUUAAAACUGAGAGAGAGGGAACUUCACAGAUGUAGAAACCUGGAACUAUAGAAGCAAAAUGGAGGGGAAAUGAGACUUGUGAGAAAUAGGAAGAGUGGGUCGUGCACGGAGAAAGGGAGAGAGAGAGAGAGCGUGUAUCCAUGUGUGAGAGAGGGAGAGGCGCUAGGCGUCGCAGCAGAGAGUCACUCACUAGUCGCUCAUUCGGACGGUCGACCAGCGGAGAGAAACACUAGUGUCUGUGAUGGCUCAGAGUGAAGUUUCGUGGCGUUGAGGCACAGACAUGCAAGAGGACACCUCCACUGCAGACAUGGCGGACUUCUCGCCUGUAGUGGAACUCAACGUGGGAGGCGUCUUCUACACCACGGCCCUCAGUACACUAACCCGGGAGCCAGACUCUUUGCUGGCUCACAUGUUCUCCGGCAAGACUUCUCCCCCACCGCGAGACGCCAAGGGAAAAUACUUCGUUGACCGUGAUGGCGUCCUCUUCCGCUACGUGCUCGACUUCUUGCGAAACCAAGCCCUUGUUCUGCCCGAAAGUUUCCGAGAGAAACAGCGUCUACGACAGGAGGCCCUGUAUUUCCGUCUGCCGGCGAUGGUCGAGGCAGUGGAGUCGUACACGGACAGUUCCGUGGUACCAGCAUCAGGUUGCGGCAUCAAAAGUUCCGCUCCAGGAUACAUCACCGUAGGUUACCGAGGCAGUUUCGCUUUCGGCAGAGAUGGGUUGGCUGACGUCAAGUUUCGGAAGCUGUCUCGCAUCCUGGUGUGUGGACGCGUGACGCUGUGCCGUGACGUCUUCGGGGAGACGCUGAACGAGAGCCGCGAUCCUGACCACGGCAUCACCGACCGCUACACAUCGCGCUUCUUCCUCAAGCAUUCCUUCAUCGAACAAGCGUUCGACAUGCUCCAGGAUCAGGGCUUCAAACUGGCAGGUAGCUGCGGCUCCGGAACUGCCGGAGGAGCGGCGGCUGAGCAGCUCAAGCCCGGAGUCGAUUCAGAGGAGAACCGCUGGAACCACUACAACGAGUUCGUAUUUGUCCGUGAUUAAUUUCAGGGCAACAAGCACCAACAGGAAUUGAAGUCCAUCACACCAAGGUAAAUGAUAGCUACAGAGAACAUUCCUUCGUAUCUUGCCAUUGACUACAUGAAGCCUAUACCCGGUGUAGUACUGCAGUAGUAUUCAAUAGAGACAGUCGCCCCAUCUUCCAUUAUGUGCAGAUUCAUUUCGAAUGAGAACAAAAGCUUUCAACAAUUAUGCUACAUAUUUUAUAAACUAAACUCGGUUACGUAUUACAAACGAGACGACACUCGUUAUGCUUGGAAUAGAGAUAAAGAAGUCUUCUAGCAAAGAAACACAGCUUUAGUAUUCUUAAUCUUCUGCUGAGUGAAUCGCGUGGACCAGGAAUCAACCAGUGUGAAAUGGAGUGGUGAGUGACUGUGUAACUUUGAAUCAGAAUCCUCCGUCAUGUAUCACGCUGGUUGGCGAACAAGCGUCACGUCUUAAGAAGAUACUGCUACCCUUGUUAGAUGUCAACUGUGGAAAGUCGCUAUCCCUGUUGCCAUUCCGAACUUCCACAUAUUCUAGGCUAUAUACACGAAUAUAUUUAUUGCAUAUCCCAAGUCAAAUGUUUCUCACAAAUAAUGACCAAAAGCGACUAUUUAGUUUAGAUAACACCAACAGAAAUUGUAUCUACGUAUGUAGGAUAUGCUUGUAAUUUGAAGUUUCCACUGUGGUAGAAGUUUAGAUUUUGACCUUCUGGGUUAGGACACUGUGUAAUUAUAGAGACCUAGGAGACCUACUGCAUCAAUCUUCAAGAUAGAAAUGGAUACAAAAUUUUGUUCGGAGAACCUGAAAGAAAGAGACCACGUUCAGAACUAAAUGUAGAUGGAAACGGCUGGUUCUUCCGAUAGGUUGGUAACAUGCUAUCGAAGAACGGAAAAUCAUAAUCUGAUGUAUAUACAUACCGGUAUCUGUUUCGUGGUAUUUAAUUCUAAUAAAAUAAAUUAAUAUUGACACUCUAAAUACACAACAAAGAUAAUUCAAGGGAUCACUGAAGUACCUUUGAAUGUGAAGCAACUGUAAGUCACGAUCGAGUCCUCUAAAUAAUCGAUAUACGGUAGACCUAGGAAAUCGAUUCUUUCCGUUAUAUAUCUUAGUGACCGUUUGUUUCUCGGAAACAGGGUACACGAGCGUUCUGACAUGCGGUAUUGGUCAUUAUUUGCGAACACGAAGCCUACAGCAGGCUGUAAUAUUUAAUGUUAAAUAUUGUGUCCCUUCUACUAAGUGUAUGAAGACUUCUGCCUGCCAGAUAAAUCCCAUGUGACCGUAGCGCUGUGAUUGCACUAGAGCAAAUCAUUAAUUCCUCUUGUGACUGUUUCCUACAUUUGUAACAGAGUUUGUUAUGGGGACAGCUGAACGCGUGACCCUCAACGAGUUGCAAUUAUAAUUUCUUUUAUGUACCAUUCAUCGCUUUUGCAGGACGUGUCGCUUAAUCUUUAGAACAUUUACCCUAAUAUCUUGUCAUAUUCAGAGAGGACAGAUGCAAGGUAUUUUUAUUCUUCGAUUCGAACAUACAUGUAUCUACAUAUCUGUAACAAAAUUUUACAUCAUUUCGACGUGAUAAAAAUGAUUCAUAAUUUAUGAGAGUCGAUUUAAGUUAAAAGGAUCGCCCGUAUCCACAGAAAAGUUUUUGCGAAAAUUAAAAUCGUGUUCUUCAAACUGCGCUUCAUUAUUUUACCUGAAUUUCAUUUUACGUUGAGUAAAAUUUUAUUAAGGAAUGAUCAUGGUAAUUAAAACUUUUGGGAUUUAAUUGUGUAAAAUUCGUGCCAAAUUAUUGUCCAUUGUUUACUUAAAGAAGUCACAACAACAUGCAUUGCAGUACUAGAUCUGAAUACAAAAUAUGUAAUGAGAUUAAAACGCAAUUACAAGAAACGCCGUUUGGAGCUCCUGUUUAAAGCGAAAUUAAAACUGCAGCUUCUUGAGCUUCACCAUGUCCAGACUGGACUUCGGAACUGAGGCUGGUUACGUCCUAUGCAUAACAUAAAGUCCAGAAAAUUGAAUCAUACAAAUGUUACACUGUGAUUCUCUAUAUAAUACUCAUGGUGACAUGAUAUCCUAUUUUGAUGGAGGUGAAAUAUAUACUUUACUAUAUUAGACAAGGUGUAAGAGAAAAUUUAUCUUCUAAGCGCCAAGAAUUGAGUACAUGGCGCCCUUAUACAAUUUAGCAUGGUUUGGAAAUUUAUUAAUAUAAUACUCUUCCUUUGAUACUUCUGUACAAUUAGGAAAUUUACAGAGAUAACAUAUGUGUAUGAGAUUCAACUUACUAUAUAAGAAAUCAUUGAAACGGACUCUAAAUCAUUAGAUAUUAUCAAUUUACAAGUGCUGACAACUGGAGUCACUGUGUUUUAGUGUAAUGUAUAACAUAAUAUGCAAUACGUUACACUUUAUGAAGUAGGAUAACAACACUAAAAUUAUCAGUUACCUAUGAUUAUACAUUCAAUACUCUUUUGUCUGCCUCCCCAAGAAACAAAAUAUGGAUCUAGUUUCUGUUGCAACCAUGAAUAAAUUCAUUAGUAUAAUAAAAAGUAUAUUCUAUAGGCUAUACAGAUUGUAAUUUAUUAUUCAGAAUAUAACAAAAUUAUCAUUUAUUGAGAGUACUAGGAAAAUGUGUGCUGCAUAGAACAAGUAAAUUAAAAAGUAGAGACAAUGUCCUAAACCUGUAACUGUGGUUCUAUCACAGGAAUCCAUUCUCCAAUUGUUGAUCUGAAGAACAAUGGAACCUCCAUACUAAUAAUGGGGAAUACUUCCACUAGAGGAACCACUGUGUAGAGUAAAAUACACUCAUGACAGAAUACUACAUAUUGUAAGCAGAAAGAAAGUGAUCGUGAGGAAAUGUGCUUCCCCAUUACACUUUAGUUUCAAUCUAUGGUUUCAUCAUAGAUAUACGAUUGGUAUGGUUCGGGUAAAACUCGAAGUUUUAUUCUAAAACUGUAACACAGAACUUAUGAAUUACAUUUAAGAUAUGUGGACCAAAUGUGCUGAAUUAAAACGAUUAUGAAACCACA